AUGUCUUUUGGUCAUUUUGAAAAGUCGAGGCAGGCACAUCACCUCUCAAACGCCGUCAACCAGUUGAUCACGAGGCGCAUCAGACCUGUACGAGCAUUUGCCGCCGGCCGCAAUGAUCUCCGUCGUGACGAGGAGAGCCAGCAUGAACUCCCUACCUCUGCUCCAGACCCCAGGCUGCAGAGGACCUCGUCCAUUCAGGAGAUUUUUCACUCUCAUUCCCAAGAGGACCAUCCACAGGACGAAAAGGUCGAGGCCGGCAUUGUCCACAACAUAGUCGAGGAGACACCUUGUGCAAGCCCACCGGUGCUUGCUGGACAAGUUGGAAAGCGAAAGAAAUUCUUCUCGGGGUUCAAGAACGUCAAGCCCAAGACGCCAUUUACUCUCCAGGGCCAAAUCAAAUACGUCCUUCUACAUAGUUGGCUGAUGAACCUGGUCAUGCCCUGCUGCCCCGUAGGCCUCGUUCUAUACCACACAUCUGGCAAAUCCACGGCCACCUUUGUCGUCAAUUUUCUCGCCACGCUCCCCGCCAACUUCCUCGGAAACCUCGCCAUGACAGAAAUCGGACUGCGAGUUCCGCGAUUGUUCGCAGACUGGAUGUCCAUGACAACCGGGUGA